AUGGAAACUGACGCUGAGAGAAAUAUCGAAAUCUGGAAGGUCAAGAAACUUAUUCAAUCACUGGAGAAGGCCAGGGGUAAUGGUACCUCCAUGAUCUCGUUGAUCAUCCCUCCAAAGGGCCAGAUCUCGAUGAUCCAGAAAAUGCUAACCGAUGAAUAUGGUACUGCCUCUAAUAUCAAGUCAAGAGUCAAUAGACUAUCGGUUCUGUCGGCAAUUACCUCUACGCAACAAAAGCUGAAGUUGUAUAACAAGAUCCCUCCAAAUGGGUUGGUCCUAUACUGUGGUGAUAUUAUCACCGAAGAGGGUAAGGAAAAGAAAGUCACUUUCGAUAUCGAACCUUACAAGCCAAUCAACACAUCUUUAUACUUGUGUGACAACAAGUUCCACACCGAGGUUCUUUCCGAGUUGUUGCAAGCUGACGACAAGUUCGGUUUCAUCGUCAUGGAUGGUCAAGGUACCUUGUUCGGCUCGUUGGCAGGUAACACAAGAACAGUUAUGCAUAAAUUCACCGUCGAUUUACCAAAGAAGCAUGGUAGAGGUGGUCAAUCGGCUCUUCGUUUUGCUCGUUUGAGAGAGGAAAAAAGACAUAACUACGUUAGAAAAGUCGCAGAAGUCGCGGUCCAGAAUUUCAUCGUCAACGAUAAAGUCAUUGUCAAAGGUUUGAUUCUAGCAGGUUCUGCCGACUUCAAAACAGAUUUAGCAAAAUCAGAACUGUUUGACCCGAGAUUGGCUGAAAAAGUCAUCAAGAUCGUGGAUAUUUCAUAUGGUGGUGAAAAUGGUUUCAAUCAAGCUAUUGAAUUGUCAGCUGAGACUUUAGCAAACGUUAAGUUCGUCCAAGAAAAGAAACUGUUGACAGAAUACUUCGAUGAAAUCUCUCAAGACACAGGUAAGUUCUGUUACGGUAUAGAUGAUACCUUGAAGGCAUUGGAUUUAGGUGCUUGUGACAGAUUAAUCGUCUUCGAAAACUUGGAUACCGUCAGAUACACCUACAAAGACGCCGAGGAUCAAGAAGUCAUCAAGUUCGUCAAACCAGGUCAAGAAGAUAAGAGUUAUGCCAUUGAUAAGGCUACCGGCCAAGAAAUGGAAGUCGUUAGCGAGUCUCUAUUGAUCGAAUGGUUGGCUGAACAUUAUAAGGACUAUGGUGCCACUUUAGAAUUUAUUACUGAUAAAUCUUCUGAAGGUUCUCAAUUCGUGUCAGGUUUCGGUGGUAUUGGUGCCUUAUUACGUUAUAAAGUUAACUUUGAACAACUUCAAGAAGAUUCCGAUGAUGAAUAUUACAACUCGGAUGAAGGUUCUGAUUUCGAUUUUAUUUAA